CAAGGUUUCGGGAACGGUUUGACAAGAGUCAUUUGUCGCAGCUAGAGCCAAAUGGUGCUGCCAAAAGUCUUUGGCCGCACAACCUCAUCGCCGUCGACUACGACUAGAGCCAGCAGCAGUGCCAGUGCCGCCGACCACUCGAAACCAACAGGCAGAACCUCUCCCGAUCCGCGCCCGUCGUCUCCGGCCUCUCAGCGCCCAACCCCGAGCCGUAGCACGAGCAGACCGUUGUCCCGCUCCCCAGAGAAAAAAGCGAGCGCCAAACACUCCAAAAAGUCGUCUUUGUCGCUAUCGCCCAAGAAGAAGGACAAGCCACUCGACCCCGACACUCACCCUCUCAACCUUCCUCCAGAGCAACGCGCUCGCCUCUCUCGACUCUCCGCCAGGAUGGAUCAGGAAAAGCAACAGACCAAUGGCAACGGCACUGCCGACAAGCCUGUCCAGAACGGUGACGGCGCCCCGGCUCCACCACCGCACAAGACUCCUUCGACCCCUCCACCAAGCACCGAGGAUGCUGAGGCCUUCAAGGCUGCCGGAAACAAGUACUUCAAGGCUGGCGACUACUCCAAGGCUAUCCAAGAGUACACAAAAGCCGUCGAGGCAGACCCCAAGUCGCCGACAUACAAGUCCAACCGCGCUGCGGCUUACAUGUCUGCUGGUAAAUACAUCCAAGCGUUAGACGACUGCAGAGAGGCCGACGAGCUGGACCCCAACAAUGCCAAAAUCCUACUCAGAAUGGCUCGCAUCUACACAUCACUGGGCCGCCCCAAGGAGGCUCUGGAAACCUUUGACCAUAUAGACCCUCCUGCGACUCAGAAGGACCGUCAGCCAGCCGUCACCAUGAACCACCACGUCUCCGAAGCCGAAGAACAAAUCCGCAAUUCUACCUCUGGUUCCAUGGCUAUUUUCGCCCUUGAUCAAGCCGAGAAGGGUCUUGGAUCCUCCGUCACCAGGCCGCGAAAGUGGGCUCUGCUCAGGGGUGAGGCCUAUCUGAAGAUGGGAAAUGUCAAUGCUCUGGGUGACGCACAAAACAUUGCCAUGUCCUUGCUGCGCAACAACAGUGCCGAUCCUGAGGCUCUCGUACUCAGAGGUCGCGCUCUUUACGCUCAGGGUGAGAACGACAAGGCCUUGCAACAUUUCAGACAGGCCAUUAGUUGCGACCCCGACUUCAAAGAUGCCGUCAAAUACUUGCGUAUGGUCCAAAAGCUUGAUCGCACAAAGGAGGAAGGAAACGGCUACUUCAAGACUGGAAAGUACCAACAAGCUGUUGAUACAUACACCUCUGCGCUUGAAAUUGAUCCUCAAAACCGCGGCACAAACUCGAAGAUUCUCCAAAAUAGAGCGCUUUGCUAUACUAAACUCAAGGAAUGGCAAAAAGCAAUCGAGGACUGCGAGCGUGCAUUGAAGCUUGACCCCAGUUACACCAAGGCACGCAAGACAAAGGCCAAGGCAUUGGGCGAGUCUGGAAACUGGGAAGAGGCUGUCAAGGAACUCAAGGCCAUUGCCGAGAGCAACCCCGAGGAACCGGGAAUCGCAAAAGAAGUCCGUAAUGCUGAGCUCGAACUCAAGAAGAGCAAGCGCAAGGAUUACUACAAGAUUCUGGGUGUUGAAAAGGACGCCGAUGAUGGUCAGAUCAAGAAGGCUUACAGGAAAUUGGCUAUUAUCCAUCAUCCUGACAAGAACCAAGGAGACGAAGCAGCAGCAGACCGGUUCAAGGACAUUGGUGAAGCCUAUGAGACCCUUUCGGAUUCUGAAAAGCGUGCUCGCUACGACAGUGGCGAAGACCUCAUCGACCCUUCAGAACAGUUUGGCGGUGGUGGCUUCGGCGGUGGUAUGGGCGGCAUGGGCUCGCAAAUCGACCCCGAAGUCCUUUUCCAGAUGUUUGGUGGACAGAUGGGCGGUGGCGGCUUCGGAGGUGGUGGUAUGGGUGGUGGUGGUCGCAGAGGAGGUGGUGGUGGCUUCCCUGGCGGCUUCCACUUUGGUUGAAAGGGCUCUUUGCUCGCUUUCAUCGAACAGACUCUCCUUCGAAUCAUUGGACUUUUUUCAGAAAGGGACUGGCCAGUCCCUACGACACUUCAUCCGCACGCCGCUCAUUCGACCCUUUCGAUUCUCUGCCACAUUGUUUAGUCGAUUUACACAGUACAUUAUCUUUGGCAUGACGGAG